GAUUGGCCGCGGCUCGUGGGCGUGGCCGGCGCGCCCGAGGAGGGUGGGGGGGGGAUGUUGUGUUCGUCCCGACCACCACUCGGCGCGAUCGGCGCGCAACCAACUGUAGGGGCGCCGCUGAUAUUAGCGACGAGGCGCGCGCGCAGAGAACCACAGCCCGCACGCGGUCCUUCCAGCGACUUCGCUCUCUCUCUCUCUCUCUUCGCCGACAUGGCUGAAGAAUUGCCACCGGAACAAAUUGCCGUCCUGCGCAAGGCGUUCGACGCCUUCGACCGCGAGAAGCAGGGCAGCAUCCCGUGCAACCUGGUGGAGGAGAUCCUGCGGCUGAUGGGCCAGCCCUUCAACAGGAAGAUACUGGAGGAGCUGAUCGACGAGGUGGACGCCGACAAGUCUGGUCGGCUGGAGUUCGAAGAGUUCAUCACGCUGGCCGCCAAGUUCAUCGUCGAGGAAGACGCAGAAGCCAUGGAGAAAGAACUAAGAGAGGCGUUCCGUCUCUAUGACAAAGAAGGGAACGGCUACAUCCCCACCACGUGCCUGCGGGAGAUCCUGAGGGAGCUGGACGACCAGCUGACCGAGCAGGAGCUGGACAUGAUGAUCGAGGAGAUCGACUCGGACGGGUCCGGCACCGUGGACUUCGACGAAUUCAUGGAGAUGAUGACUGGCUAGUGGCAUGACGUGCUGCACCAAAAUCAUCAACCCCGACAACCAAAAGACACCAUGUUGUCCCAAUUCCGUUCUUCUAUAUUAUCUGUGUUGAUGUGAAUCUGUGUUGUAUUGAACUUUCUUUUUUAAACUUGUUAUUGUAAUACUUUGGAAUAAAAUAAUUUAUUUAGUAUUA